AUCGGAGCUCGCUGUGCUGUGCGCGCACCAGCUCGGGGCCGCGCACGCAGGGUUUGGAAACUUUUAGCGGGAACGCGUACGUGCGCGCACCCGUGUUCUUUGUGUGGCAGGAAAGAGAAAGCGCCAAAAGAGUGACCAUGGCUGAUGAGAAACCCAAGGAAGGAGUGAAGACUGAAGGUAGUGAACACAUCAACCUGAAGGUGGCAGGCCAGGAUGGAUCCGUCGUGCAGUUCAAGAUCAAAAGGCACACGGCGCUCAACAAACUCAUGAAGGCCUACUGCGAUAGACAGACGUUCAUUUUCAACUUCCGCAUCGGGCGCCGUUGCUCCACCAUGGUUACCACAGUGAUGUUUGACUCAGGUUCCCCAACGAUACAAGAAAGUCACAUGUCUGCACACAAAGUCUUCUAUUGGGCUUCGCGGGCCAAUGAAAGGACUGUCCAUGAGGCAAAUCCGGUUCAGAUUUGAUGGACAGCCAAUAAAUGAGACAGACACACCGUCACAGUUGGAAAUGGAAGAUGAAGACACGAUUGACGUGUUUCAACAACAGACAGGAGGAGUGAUUUAAUCAACCGUCCCCACAUCAUCUUUCCUCAUUUAAGAGAACCGCAGCCUGGGAUAUACAUGAUUUACAUCUCACCCUAUUGAGGUUUAAAUGACUCUGCUGUACAGUAUUUUCAAUAUUUUCCCUGUUACUUCUGUACUUUUUGUACAUAAACCAAUCCACAUCGAUUUUUAGGUUUUAGGUCGUCAAAAUUGGACUGAUUCUAGACUGAGAAAUAUUCUGACUUUUCCAAUCGCCAGGCUGGGUCAAGAGUUUUGCUCGUAAAUUGGUUCUAAAGGUGUGCUCUUUUGAAAUUGAUUGUGAUGUUCACAAUACUUAAAGAAUGUGGUCACAAGGGGCCAAACCACCCGUAAAAUUGAUCUGUGUGAUCAGAUCACUCUUGUGUGUCAUGCAUGAUCUGACUACUCAGAACACGUUAAUAAAUGUCAGGGCUCUAUCAAACUGUUGAAAUGGGCCUGAAAUCUCAUUUAGUGACCACAUGAAAAUAAUUCGAUUUUUACCUUUAUAUGGUGGCGAUUGUGUGGACAAUACCUUUUGAUUAAUCCAUUAACCAGACCAAAAUGUCAUAUUUUGGGAAGGAGGAGGAUAUUUUGCCGCCAUACAAAGAAUCUGUUUUGUCUAUUAAGAUACCUGAUUAAAUAAAGCUAUUGUUGUUUUUCCAAUGA